AUGGAGACUUGUGCAGGCCUUGUGACAAUCCGCGCUCACCAAUGGCAAACAAUUUCGAAGCGGGAAUUUCAUGAGCAACUUGAUAGGUCACAAGAGCCGAUAUACUUACUAUACGGAGUGCAACGUUGGUUACAACUCACUUUAGAUCUGGUUGUAACUGGUCUGUCGGUGACCGUGGCUGGUGUGGCCUUGGGUAUUAGAGACAAGACAAGUGUCGGUGCCAUCGGAGUCGCAUUUCUGAACAUGACUACAUUAGGCGAGACUAUGACAAAACUACUGACGUCCUGGAUCUCACUUGAAGUUUUUCUCGGAGCUAUUGCGCGAAUUGAAACUUUCCAGAGAGACACAUCUGAAGAGUCAAACGUCACAUCUUCGAUUGAUGUACCACCAGCUUGGCCCUCAUCCGGCGAGAUCAAGUUUGAAAAUGUUAGCUCUAGCUACUCGUCAGUGACCGAGAAGCCGAUCUGGAGCGUGAAUGGACUCAAUCUGACCAUUAAUACGGGGGAGAAAGUUGCCAUCUGCGGCCGGAGUGGUUCCGGGAAAUCUACAUUGAUGCUUACGUUGCUUUCCCUGAUGGAAACGCGCAAUGGUACAAUAGUAAUUGAUGGAAUUGACAUCUCACACGUGAAACCGUCUGUCCUACGAUCAAGGCUCCAUGUGAUUUCGCAAGAUACUUAUAUACAUGGUGAUACGGUUCGGGACGCUUUGGAUCCAGAGCGAACUUCAAGCGACGAUAUCAUCUGGUCCAUCAUCAAUGAAUGCGCACUCAAACAAAAGAUUGAGUUUACACAAGCUCGAUUUUGUGGUUGA